UAACCGAUGACUGGGCCUGAAAAUGGCAGUAUUUCUGAUUGAUGUUCUGAUCAGUUUCUUUCUUAAAUUUAUUGCGUUUUUUUAAAGGGUUAGGGGUUUUUGCUGUUGUUUGUUUUUUUGUUUGUGUGUGUGUGUGUUUUACCGUCCUCAGCCACCUGCCAUAUUCAAUUUUCCUUUUUUUUUCCCUGUCAUCCCUUGCGCAGUCAUAACCGAUGUCUACAGUUUCACCAGGUUGAAAUACUAGUGUUUCAAUACGUAGUUUUUUUUUUUUGUAAAUCCUCAGUGACGGAAUGUUAGUAAUACUUGUCGAGUCCUCACUAUCGACGACCUGCAUGUAGGGUUCAUCUGCACAUCGCUGGCUCUGUAAGGAUACAGUACAUUGCCUAAUACACCUGUACAACGCUUUAAAUACUAAAGUAUUGUAGCAUCAGAACACAUUAAAAUUGCCUCCUGACAUGAAUCACUGUCAAGCUUCAAAUCGUGACUCAGACUGUGGUGACAGACGACAGGUCGCCCUGCUGACACCUCUAUAGUUGCGAUCUCUCACUGAGCAUGGCCAGCAAGCUUUGAACGGUCCAUGGCGAUACUAACUGAGGAAUCAGACUGUAAAAACUCAUCAACCAAGAAAUUCAAGGGUUUUCCUUCUCUGAGAUGACGACCACCCACAACAGUCCGUCACGUGACCUCACGUCGCUGGGAGUGAACGACGCUCUCCGUCUGUGUGAACAGACGACCGACAUUGACACCAUUCUGGCCUUGACCCAUCACCCCGUGCCAAGUGUGCGGAAGCGAGCCCUCGUGGAGAUGUGUCCUUGUCGUGUUCAAGAGGACCUGUCGGAAUUCUGGGAACGAGUUUUUGAGAUGAUUUCUGAUGAAGACGCUAAUGUCAGAUACCAGGUACUCCAUACCUUGUGUGAUGGGUCACCUGCACACCUCGAAUUGCGAGUGGCCGAAGCUCUGGACACAUUCAAUCGAGACCCUGACCAGAAGAUUAGGAGGAAAGCCCACCAGUGCCUGACCUCGUACUGGCGCAAGGGCAAGUGGAACAUCAUGUGAAGCGUGUGCAUCAUGGAGCAGACCAUCAAAUAUAAUAACAUGUCUCUAUAUUUGGCAGUGAACUCUGAGUGGCAUUAUUAGGACAUUAUGCCAUCCAACCAGAUCAUCCUUGGAUAUCGUUCAAGCAUCAUUUUAAAGACCCUCAGCUUAGUGUUCCUCCCAACAUUACUUUGUGGAGAUGCAUUAGAGGCUCUACAGCAAAGUACACCUGUGUGGAGGCCAGAGCUUGAUAUUGUGAUGAUAGUUAACACCUUCGCGACAUGAUGGAAGCAUGAAGCACAAGACCUCAUAACGGGCAGAAGCCAAAUUACAUCCUGUCCACACCAUUUCAAAGGCAAACAAGAGGAGACCACCAAAAACUGUCUUGCUAAUCAAAUACGGUGAAAUCGUUAGGAAAACAUGUGGUGAAUGAUGUAUUGUCAGGACAGCUGCAUCAUCGAUAAACAUUAAACAAAAGGCGCGAUCAGGUCCUAACCGAUGUCUGCAAAUGCCUGCAACAGUCGGCGAGCGGCAAAGCAAAGCGGAAGUUGGGGGUUAGGGGAGAUAACGCUGCACGUUCUGGUCGAUUCCUGUGUCUAUGCAAAUGAUGAUACAGUGUAGUGCCACCUUUCACCAUGGAUAUUCCAUUAAUGCUCCGGGCGAAGACCUAAGCUUUUAAUUCAUUUCACAAAUGUAGGCUUUAUCGAGGUGUGCAAAUAAUUUACCUGACAUACUUGACAAGAGUGAAUCACGCGCGGGAUUCAGGUAUUUGACAUAAUCAAGAGUGUUAGCUGUGCUGGCCAAACAUUUUAAACACCCCGAAACGUUUGUACAGUUUAAUGCCUGUAUUUCCUGCUUAAUUGUACUGAGAGCAAGCAAGGUUUUGAGCAGUGUGACUUUUGUUUAACUUUUGAUGGCGAUGUGUUGUCGAGAAACACUUAAAAUUAUUUUUCCUGCAACAUAUUCAAUAUUUCAUGUAAUAUUUCGAAAUAAAUCAUUUGAACA